UCUGAACCGGACAGUCGCACUCGAGGAGGAGGAAGACUGUAACUGUGUUGUUGGCCCACUGGGACGCAUGGGAUUCAGAGGAGAGAAAGGAAGGGAAGGACCUCCAGGACCUGAUGGUAAGCCUGGUAAGGCCGGGACUCCUGGAGAACCUGGUCCUGCUGGAUUACCAGGCUUGAAGGGUGAUGUUGGCCCUCCAGGACUGAGAGGGGAGGCUGGUCGAUUAGGUGAAAUGGGAGACAGAGGGGAGCCAGGCUCACCAGGAGAACCAGGGCCUCCAGGACCUAAGGGUCCUCCUGGAGCGAUGGGUGAAGCAGGACCUCCUGGAGUGACUGGAUCAGUGGGAGGACCAGGACUUCAAGGCUCUAGUGGAUUACUUGGACCAACAGGAGCAAAGGGACAGAAAGGAGAUCCUGGGUCUGCUGGUCCUGCUGGAGCGCCAGGUUCCCCGGGAGCUCCUGGUGCAGUGGGCCCUCGAGGACCUGCAGGGGAUUCAGGGUCGCCUGGACCUCAGGGACUUCCUGGAACAAAGGGAAUCCAGGGGCCCGAGGGGCGGCCGGGACCGAUCGGCCAAGAUGGUCCCAAGGGGAAGUGUGGAGAUCCAGGAGUUACUGGUUCAUUCGGUUCACCAGGUGAGAGGGGCUUGGCAGGGGAGCCAGGUGUUCCAGGUCUGCAAGGUGUCAUGGGGCUGCCAGGGUUCAAAGGUCACAAGGGUGACAAAGGAGAAGAUGGAGCCCAAGGAAACCAGGGACACCGAGGCAGAGAAGGAGAUCCAGGGAUUCCCGGUGUACCGGGCGAAGUUGGACCCAGGGGGAGGAACGGAGAGAAAGGAGUGCCUGGUGACCUGGGUCCCAGGGGUGUGGAAGGAAAGAAAGGGGACAUGGGCCACACGGGCCAAAUGGGUGCUGUUGGGCCCAGGGGAUAUUCUGGCCAAGAUGGGUUGCCAGGCCAACCAGGUCAGCCAGGAUAUCCAGGGAAACCAGGCAAGCCUCCCUCAGAUGAACAUCUUCUAAAGCUCUGCUCCGAUGUCCUGCGUAACCAACUCCCAGCACUGCUUCAGUCUCUGGCCCCCACAGCUCACUGUGAACCCUGCCAGAACAUGAAAGGUCCCGCAGGCCAGCCUGGAGCACCAGGCCCCAAAGGAUCCAUGGGAACUCCAGGCUACUCUGGCAUGAGCGGCACUCCCGGCUACCCCGGUCCUCCUGGAAUUCAGGGCCCUGCAGGGGUCAAAGGUGACGUGGGACCAAGAGGACUGAAAGGCAGCAAAGGAGAGGGUCACAGUGGAGCAGCAGGACCACCUGGACAGCCCGGAAUCCAGGGUCCCCGUGGCUUUGAUGGAAUCGGACAUCCAGGUAAUCAGGGAAUUCCUGGAAAACCAGGAUCACCGGGACACCCUGGUAAACGGGGCAACCCGGGGCUUCCAGGGAUGUGUGAUGUGUCCAUGUGUUAUCAGACGUACAACCUCAGGGAACACUACAGCAAAGGACCUAAUGUCUGAGGAUGCAGCACGGUUCUGGACUUAAAUCCCUGUGUGGUUUUAAGGGAAGUGAUUUACUGUAUUAUGGAUUUACAGAGAUGUGUGUGGGACUGUUGACUCCUUUAUGAAACGGCUGCACCGGAGGCAGACAUAGUGAAAACGCAGCGCAUUGAUUCAUGAUGAUGGAAUUCAUGGUCAGAGCAGCCUCACGUUAGCGGCUUUAAACAGAGAAUGAUAAACACCAAAGUGGCUGAAGCUGAAUUCUGCUGCGUUUUUUUCAUUUUAUUUGGUCAAACAUUACAAAUUAUCUACCUCCUGUUUUACCUGACUUUAACUUAAAGGACCAAUGUGUAGGAUUUAAUGAUGUCUAGGGUUUGUUGGACUGCAAUUUUCAUCAUUUUGUGAUUUAAAGGUGCAGACCUGUUAGCUCUAAUGUAGCAUUAAAGAACACGGCCAGUGUUUGUUAUGUCCAUUCAGGGCUUCCGUACAAAAGUUCAUAUAAAUUCAUUCUUUAACAAUGUUAAUAAUGUUUGUUGAUAGAUCCCUCCCUAAAUCCUACACAGUGGACCUUAAAUGAUGCAGCAGGUUUUGUUCAUGAGGCUGAUUUCAACACACAAACCAGACAACAGUG